UAACGUGGAUUUAAAUGUGUUUUGCAGAGGGACACAGACUCGCUGUUUGAGCUUCGAAGCCCAGCUCGCCUGUGAGGCUCAUGAUUGGAAAUCGCCCCGCUUUGAAGGAAACUGGGGUAAAAUAAUAUAAUUGGGAGGAGAGGGAUAUUUGAAGCAAUAUGGCUGAUGAGUGGGGCCGGGAACGCAGGCUGGAGCUCUCCAAAGCUUUUGGAUGCUAGCUGUGGCAGAUGGCAACGUUUCGUAUGGCAUCCGCAGCAUUAUAAUGAGUGCUAAUAUCAAUAGGCCUAAUAUAAAUCCGGACUCUGUAUACAUUUCCAAGAUGGAUGUGAUCAUCCCGUUUUCACCAGACGUGCCAUGUGAUAGCAAUGGCCAGCGCAUGUGGUGGGCAUUUCUUGCCUCAUCCAUGGUAACAUUCUUUGGGGGUCUGUUCAUCAUUUUGCUCUGGAGGACCCUCAAAUACCUGUGGACGGUGUGCUGCCACUGCAACGUCAAAACCAAGGAUGUGCAUAAGGUGAACAACCCAGCCAACUGCCCGGCCGAUGGGGCAGCCAAAACGGGGGAGAAGGAGGAGGUGCCCGUCAGCGAGGUGGGCUGGAUGACCUCCGUCAAAGACUGGGCCGGAGUGAUGAUCUCCGCUCAGACGCUGACCGGCAGAGUGCUGGUCGUGUUGGUCUUUGCGCUCAGCAUUGGAGCUCUUGGGAUAUACUUCAUAGACUCCUCUGACCCCAUAGAAUCCUGUCAGCAUUUCUACAAAGACUUCACGUUACAGAUCGACAUGGCGUUCAAUGUCUUCUUCCUGCUUUACUUUGGCCUUCGCUUUAUUGCAGCGAACGAUAAACUGUGGUUCUGGCUGGAGGUGAACUCAGUGGUGGACUUCUUCACGGUUCCUCCUGUGUUUGUGUCCGUGUAUUUAAACAGAAGCUGGCUAGGUCUGAGGUUCCUACGAGCCUUAAGAUUGAUACAGUUCUCAGAAAUUUUACAAUUUUUGAAUAUCUUAAAAACAAGUAACUCCAUCAAGCUGGUGAACCUGUGUUCCAUCUUUAUUAGCACAUGGCUAACGGCCGCUGGGUUCAUUCAUCUGGUGGAAAACUCAGGGGACCCUUGGGAAAACUUCCAGAAUUCCCAAUCACUUUCCUAUUGGGAAUGUGUCUACUUACUAAUGGUUACUAUGUCCACCGUGGGAUACGGAGAUGUCUAUGCAAGAACUACCCUCGGGCGCCUGUUCAUGGUGUUCUUCAUCCUCGGUGGUUUGGCCAUGUUUGCCAGCUACGUCCCUGAAAUCAUAGAGUUAAUAGGAAACCGCAAGAAAUACGGUGGUUCCUAUAGUGCGGUAAAUGGAAGAAAGCAUAUUGUGGUCUGUGGUCAUAUAACGCUUGAAAGUGUGUCCAACUUCCUGAAAGACUUCCUUCACAAGGACAGGGAUGAUGUCAAUGUAGAAAUUGUUUUUCUCCAUAAUAUUUCCCCUAAUCUUGAGUUGGAAGCCUUAUUCAAACGACACUUUACUCAGGUGGAAUUCUACCAAGGAUCUGUUCUCAAUCCACAUGAUCUGGCCAGAGUGAAGAUCGAGUCUGCUGACGCCUGCCUGAUCCUUGCUAACAAAUACUGUCCAGAUCCUGAUGCUGAAGAUGCCUCUAAUAUCAUGAGGGUAAUCUCCAUCAAGAAUUAUCAUCCAAAGAUACGAAUCAUCACUCAGAUGUUACAGUACCACAAUAAGGCCCAUCUGUUAAACAUUCCGAGCUGGAACUGGAAGGAGGGAGACGACGCGAUCUGCCUGGCCGAGCUGAAGGCCGGCUUCAUCGCGCAGAGCUGCCUGGCGCAGGGCCUGUCCACCAUGCUGGCCAACCUCUUCUCCAUGAGGUCCUACAUCAAGAUCGAAGAAGACACGUGGCAGAAAUACUAUCUGGAAGGAGUCGCCAAUGAAAUGUACACAGAGUACCUGUCUAGUGCCUUUGUAGGCCUGUCGUUUCCUAUGGUUUGUGAAUUGUGCUACGUGAAGCUGAAACUUUUGUUGAUAGCCAUCGAAUACAAGUCUGAGCAAAGAGAAAGCAGCAUUCUUAUCAACCCUGGCAACCACGUGAAGAUGCAAGAAGGGACGUUGGGAUUCUUCAUCGCCAGUGAUGCCAAAGAAGUAAAGAGGGCUUUUUUCUACUGCAAAGCGUGUCAUGAUGAUAUCACAGAUCCCAAAAGGAUCAAAAAGUGUGGCUGCAAGCGGCCAAAGAUGUCCAUCUACAAAAGAAUGAGGCUGGCAUGUUGUUUUGAUUGCGGACGCUCUGAGCGAGACUGCUCGUGCAUGUCAGGCAGUGCGCGUAAUAACACGGACACACUCCGGCGAGCCUACCCGCUUUCCUCUGUCUCUGUAAAUGAUUGCUCUACCAGUUUACGUGCCUUCGAAGAUGAGCACCCGUCAACGCUGUCACCCAAAAAAAAGCAGAGAAACGGCGGCAUGCGAAAUUCGCCCAACUGUUCGCCCAAAAUGACGAGACACGACCCCUUACUGAUUCCGGGCAAUGAGCAAAUUGAGAACAUGGACGUUAACGUGAAGAAAUAUGACUCCACAGGGAUGUUUCACUGGUGUCCCAGUAAAGACAUUGAGAAGGUCAUCCUGACCCGGAGUGAGGCCUCCAUGACGGUUCUGAGCGGGCAUGUGGUGGUCUGCAUAUUUGGAGAUGUCACGUCCGCUUUGGUGGGGCUGCGAAACUUGGUGAUGCCUUUAAGAGCAAGCAACUUCCACUAUCACGAGCUAAAGCCUAUCGUGUUUGUGGGCUCUUUGGAGUACCUGAGGAGAGAAUGGGAAACCCUUCAUAACUUCCCCAAGGUUUCCAUCUUACCUGGUACGCCUUUAAGCCGGGCUGAUUUAAGGGCUGUCAACAUCAACCUCUGCGACAUGUGCGUUAUCCUGUCAGCCAAUCAGAACAAUAUCGACGACGCCUCGCUGCAGGACAAGGAGUGCAUCUUGGCUUCGCUCAACAUCAAAUCUAUGCAGUUUGAUGACAGCAUUGGGGUCUUGCAGGCUAACUCCCAAGGUUUCACACCUCCAGGAAUGGACAGGUCAUCUCCAGACAGCAGUCCAGUACAUGGCCUUGUCCGACAAGCUUCCGUCACAACGGGAUCCAACAUCCCCAUCAUUACUGAACUAGUGAAUGACUCCAACGUUCAGUUCCUGGACCAAGAUGACGAUGACGAUCCGGACACGGAGCUGUACCUCACCCAGCCCUUCGCCUGUGGGACGGCGUUCGCUGUGAGCGUGCUCGACUCGUUAAUGAGCGCGACGUACUUCAACGACAACAUCCUGACGCUGAUCCGGACGCUGGUGACGGGGGGUGCCACGCCGGAGCUGGAGGCACUGUUGGCGGAGGAGAACGCUCUGAGAGGCGGGUACAGCACCCCGCAGACGCUGGCCAAUCGGGACCGCUGCCGCGUGGCCCAGCUGGCACUGUAUGACGGGCCUUUCGCAGACCUGGGGGAUGGUGGUUGCUACGGUGAUCUGUUUUGUAAAGCAUUAAAAACUUACAACAUGCUUUGCUUCGGGAUUUACCGAUUAAGAGAUGCACAUCUCAAUGCUCCGAGCCAGUGCACCAAGAGAUAUGUCAUCACCAAUCCGCCGUACGAGUUUGAGCUGGUCCCCACCGACCUCAUCUUCUGCCUGAUGCAGUUCGACCACAACGCCGGCCAGUCCCGGACCAGCCUGUCCCACUCCUCCCAUUCCUCACACUCCUCCAGCAAAAAGAGCUCCUCUGUCCACUCCAUCCCCACCGCCAACCGGCAGAACCGCAGCAAGGCCCGCGAGUCCCGGGACAAACAGAAUGCCACAAGGACCAAUAGAGUGAGCCAAGAAAAGAAAUGGUUUACAGAUGAAGGGGAAAACGCCUACCCGAGGAACAUUCAGAUAAAGCCCAUGAGCACUCACAUGGCCAAUCAAAUCAACCAAUACAAAUCCACGAGCAGCCUGAUUCCACCAAUCAGAGAAGUUGAAGAUGAAUGCUGAUAGGCUCAUGUGGGAGAGGCAUGGACAUUCUCCUGGAGAAGACGAUCAUAAUGCUGUCGCUGAUUCUGUGCUCCUCACGUGUACCACGGAUUAUGGUUUUACAUGGUCAAGGGAGAUAGACGGGACCCUCUUAUGUGUAUACUUUCAAUGUUACUUCCAUGCUCUUUGAAGAUAUUUUAUUUAUAAAUGUAUACAGCAUACAUGUAUAUAAUGACAAUCAGUUAUGGAUUGUACAGCCCUUAGCACUUUUUGAAAUUAUUUUAAGAGAUAUCUCCUGUAAUUAUUUGCAAUAGUACACUAUUUAUGUGACCAGACUCCUUAUUUAUCCAUUUUGGAGGAUGAGGGCCAUUAUAGUGGGUGUAUAAAAGGACAUUUCCCAAAGAAUCAUGCUGGGUAUUUCAUAUCAGCCAGACAUUCAUGUAUUUUGUUAUGCAUAUCAAACAUUUGCUUCUUUUAAUGAUUUGCACUAAAUGAGACUAUUUUUUUGAAAGGAACUAUAAGUAUAACAAAGUUUAUCGAAAUAUAAAAGUUAUGGAAAGAGUCAACCAUUUUUAUAUUUUCACUUGGCUGGAGGAAAUGGUUGUGGCUUAAUACGGAAGGCGGUGAACCAGAGGUUUGCAAGAACAGAAGUUAACAGAUGCUACAGUGAACAGUAGAAUCAUUUGAAUGAUUGCAUUCCCAGUUGUGUGAUGUACCAUUGUCCCAGACAUUAGAAAUCAACACUUUGGGUUGGCCAGGAUUGGAACCUGCACAUUUAGUGAUUCUUAAAACCAGCACCAUCCUCACUAUGUGCGAUCGUAUAUGAUCUCCAUAGUGUACAGUAUCCCUGAAUUUGACCUAUUAUAGGGAAUAUUGCAUAUGGGCCCAGUACAUACCGUGCUACAAGUCCCCACGGAGUUUUCAAUUCUAGUUAUUUACAGGUUUUUGGAGCAAUUUCUCAUGUCGCAGUAAAACUGCUCUAAUCUACACAUACACCCUCCCAACUCUUUACUAUGAUUGAGCUGUUCAAAUGUCUAUAUUAUGAUGCGCUAAAAUGGUUGCAGCACAAAAUAUGAAAUCCAUGUGAUGUAAUUCAGGAAGGGAUGUUAAGUGCAACACAUUGGAACAUAAUUUAAAAGUAUCUAAAAUGACGAAUGCCACGUAUUGCGUAAAGCGGGCCUGCUCUGGAUCCUCUUUUGACUGUGAGCACUGCCUGACACAGGAUUGUGACAUGGAGGCAGAAGAAACUGCUUGGAUGUUCUCCAUGACCAAUCUCCACGACACGAUAUCAAACAACAGACAUUUGAACUACAGGUGCUCAAUCGUAGUUACACUUACUGUAUGACGUUGGGGAGGAUCAUGCACUGGAGAAUGCAAUCGUUCAGGUAUUCUGGUGGAGACGUGUGUCACAGGCAUUCCGAUUACCCAGGUGCCCUUGUAUGUCCCUCAUCAUAGAACCACACCCUUUCUUUCAGUUUUCACCUUGUGAUUUUGUGGAGUGUUUGAAGUGGAAAAUAAUUAUUGGUACUCUGAACUAAACAUAGAAGUCCCAGGAUGUUGUACUGGUCUGUUCCAUCCCACUUCAAACCCUGGUACUACCACUGACUAUACCAGCCUUUUACUGGGGAGAGAAUAUGGUGGGGCAGGGGCAGAAAAGAGUACUGGGAGGUUAAAGUGCCAGUACGCAAGACAAGUCCCCGUACUCCAAAGAGUAACCGGUGAGUACCAGUCCACUUCACUUAUUUGGUGGCAAAACCUUCAUAUGUUAUUCUGAAAUUCUGAAUCAUUUGCUAAAAAUGAUCAGGGUAAUUUAAACUUCAGCCUUACAGGAAUUCCAUUUCAUCCUUUUUUUCCUUUCUUUCUUUUCACACUUCAUUUCCACAGUAUUAGAGUUCAUCACAUCCAAACUAAAAAUACAAACUGGAUUACUUGACAAACCAGACAUCUUAACAUAGGUAACAUUUUUACUUUGUUUUGCUUUUUGUGAGUUAUAUAAAAAAAAUCCUUAAUUUUUUAAAAGGAAUAUUGUUAUACAUUUUCGCCCCAACGCGACUAAGCAGUCCUGUAUAAAUAUAAACUAUUUUUUGAGUGCUAAAAGCAUGGGUGGUAUUUCUGCAGCUGUGUUAAUUGACAGUCCUAAUAUUGAUAAAGUCUCCCAUUCUGUAUUUCGCAUUCUACUGAAAAAAAAAUGUGAAUAACACAAAAAUGAAGUUACCAGUCCAAUUGUGUGCAAGUAAGUUUAGCAGAGCAUAACUACCUAAUAAUGACUUAAUGUGCAUGAAGCCAGCUCAUAUAAUAACUGGCCUGCAGCCAGUCUUUUUUGCGAAAUGGGUAGAAUUAAAUCAUUUUCAUUAUUGGCAUUUGACCUAAAUUAGGUCUCAUUAAAAGGAUACAUUUCCAUUUGCCUGGACAAAUACAAUUCACUCCAACUUGUGUUGGGUAAAAAUACCACAAGUUGACCAUAUCCUGCUUGUAAGCAGUUAAGGCAGUAGCCAUAGGAAUAGAAAAAUGUUUUCAUCAUUGGAAAAAAAAGUGUCCUGUAAAUUCUGGCCAUUCCAGUGCACAUCUGAAGCGAAACUUGUUUCUUCACUGUCCAUCCGUCCUGGCUGUGGUGUGAUCUUCAGCUUAUGUCCGCAUAAGCCUCAUUCAGAAUUUUUUAAUUGUGACUGCAUUGAUGUUACACUUCGUAGCAGGUAGACUCUUAAGAAAACGUGAGUAUAAUGUAUAUAUAAUUGGAUUGUCGAUAAAAUUCUUGCUAGCCUGAAAAAAUGAAAAGGGCGUAGAUUAAUUUUACUUCAAAAGAGAAAGAUGAUUUUGUCAUAGAAAUAUUCACUCUCUUUCUAUGACUAUUACUUCUGAUCCCUUUCCUGUGACAAAAUUCAACAUUUCUGUUGCAAUGAAAAUCUUCUCAAGUAAAGUUUCUUGAUGUCAAGUGUCAUUUGAUGUCAUAAAAUAGCUAUUACAUGCAAAUAUUUAGGGGAGCACCUAUUUAAGCUAAGGCAUAGAGAAUUAAAGAUCUCCUUUAGUAUGUUUCUUGUGAAAUUUAUAUUUAAGGGUUUACAUUCCAUAUUGUCAGCUGUUUUACUUUAAAUAGCAAUACUAUUGGUUUGUUCGCCUCUUCUGUACACUACAUUUAAAAAGUACUGCAAUAUCAGGGCAGUCAAAAACAAUAUGAACAUAAUAAUGAACAAUUACCUAGACACUAUCUCACAGUAAAUAUCAUUAGACUUUUUUAUUUUAUUUAUUUUAUUCAUAAUGUUUUUGCUGCAUAUUGAAACAAGAUUUCCUAUGUCAGUAGUGGUAAAGAUUGUGCAAGCUUAUUGGCCCUCCCACCCCCACCCCGUAAAUAUGACCCACAAAUGUACAUUUUAGUUUUAUUUCUCUCCGGUUAUUUGCAUUUGUAAUGGGAGGGUUGUAGUGAUAGGUGACUCUGGCCUCAGGAACGUCUGCGGAAGUGUGCUGUGAAAUGGGAAGGCUAUGAGCCCCUGCUGCUCUGGGUUGUCUUAGUGCGGCACCAUGUACUGGCAUAGAGAACAUCCAAGCCUCAACUGCCUCUAUGCCAGUACUGUGUCAGGCAGUGUGUAAGCCAAAAGAGGAUUCCUUAAGACCCGCUGUUCGCGAAAAGUGGCAUUACGGAGAGGUGUAGGGGCACACGUGCAAAUACACCUUUCCAAACCCGUCUUCGAAACCAAAACAACGCAUGUGAUACGUUGUAUGUAAAUAUAUUUUAAAAUAUAUAUAUAUAAUAGCUGUUUCUCAUUCAUGUGAGACAUUUGCAAGGAGAGGUUUCACAGCAAGAGUACAGUCAUGAUAGCAGAAACUAAAACUGUUUUAGAGAGUACAGAGAAAGCCCAAAACGAGCCCUCAGGCUUUUUUUUAAUUUUUUAUUUUUUAAAAGCUGUUGGUUUACACUCAUGUGUCUGGUGUUUGCGGUCAGUUUCACAUCGAGUGAUUGAGCGAUCACCUGCCCAUUGGCAUGUGUUGCACAUCAUUGUAGAUUUAUUUUCUUGCUCUAAGGGAUGUGACAACUUUAUUGAUAAUAUCUGGAAAUUAUUAUAGAUAGGUGUAAAACAUAUAAUUUGGGGUAAGGGUGUAAGUCUUAAGUAAAUGUAAAAAAUUACAUUUGGCUAUUUUUUUAUGUUAAAACUGACAUUUAUUUGGUAGUGUAAUGGCUGCCUCUCAUUUCAGGAUAAAUUCAGGACAUAUUCAUAUGAUUCUGUGACAUAUGCUCAUUACAGGAAAAAGGUGGUAUGGAAAUUGAAUAUAUUGAUUUGUUUUAGCUAAAGAAAUUGUUGGAGAAACUGAUGGUGCUGAGUUGAUCUACCUGACUCUGUCAUAUCUGCUGAUAAAUAUACUGUCCUGUAAAAACAAAAAAACAAAAAAACGUUUGUACAUAAAUUGUACAUGGUUUCAUUUUGUAUUUUCUCAAAUUAAAAUGGAUGUAUUUGUGGUCAAAA